AUGGCGCUCGCUAUAACGUUGCAAGGCCCUACAAAGAGCUUUUUCCACAACUAUCGAGUCUACCUGCUAGCAACCGUGUCUUACAUGGGCUCCCUCCUCUUCGGCUACGACGUCGGCGUCAUGGGCGGCCUCCUCCCCUGCGAAAGCUUCAAACGCGACUUCGGCCUCCCAUACGGUUCGUCAGGUUUCGCCGACGAAAAAGUCGCCGAAGUCUCCUCCAACGUCGUCUCGCUCCUGACAGCCGGCUGCUUCUUCGGCGCCCUCUCCGCAGCCCUCGCCAACGAACGGUACGGACGGCGCUACUCCCUUAUGGCAUACUCUGUCGUCUUUCUCCUGGGUGCCUCGCUCCAGGUGGGCUCGCCGAAGAGUCUGCAGUACGUCUACGCGGGCAGGGUCAUCGCCGGCCUGGGCGUUGGAGGCAUGAGCUCCAUCACGCCCGUGUUCGUCGCUGAGACGGCGCCGCCUGAGGUCCGCGGCCGUAUCACCGGUCUGUUCCAGGAGUUUUUGGUGCUGGGGAGCAGUAUUGCGUACUGGCUUAAUUACGGCGUGGAGAGGAACAUGCCAUCUACAACAAAACAGUGGAGGAUCCCCUUGGGCGUCCAGCUGAUUCCCGCAGGCCUGCUACUGAUCGGGUUGAUUCCCCUGAAAGAGUCUCCGCGUUGGCUGGCGAAGCACGGCCGGAACGAGGAGGCGUUGGCUUCUCUGGCUUACAUGCGCAACCAGCCGAUCGAUGACCCCGGUGUUGUAAGUGAAUUCAACGAGAUCACCGUGUCGUGUGGCGUCGACGCUGAGGCAGCGCGCCAGUCGACUUGGAAAGAGUGCCUCAAGCCGGGCGUGCGGAACAGGUUUCUGCUCAUCUUCGCACUCAUGGUGUGGCAGCAACUCACCGGCACGAACUCCAUCGGCUACUACGCCCCUCAGAUCUUCCAGACGGUUGGUGUCUCGAGCGCCGAUGCGUCGUUGUUCGCGACGGGUAUAUACGGCAUCGUGAAGUUGAUCUUCACUGCAGUCUCUCUCCUCUUCGUCAUUGACAAGAUUGGCAGGCGUUGGGCCCAUACACUUGGUGGGUUGUGGAUGUCCGCCAUGAUGUUCAUCCUCGCUGCCGUCCUAGCCACUCAUCCCCCUGAAGAUAGCAAGGUGGUGUCCUCGGCAUCGAUCGCCAUACCAUGGAUCUACGCAGGAGAGAUCUUCCCGACGCAUCUGAGGUCAUACGGAGUUGCAUUCGCCGCCGCCACUCAGUGGCUGUUCAACUUCAUAGUCACCCGCGUCACGCCGCAGAUCAUCUACGGAAUCGGCUGGAAGACGUUCAUCAUCUUCGCCGUCUUCUGUCUUGUCAUGAGUAUCUUCACAUUCUUCUUCAUGAAGGAGACCAAGGGGAUGAGUCUUGAACAAGUCGAUGUCCUGUUUGGGGUUGCGGGGCAGCGCGGCGGUCAUCUCGAAGCUGGAGAGACCGAGGUAGUGCACGGCGUGGAGAUAGAAGAUCAAGUGAAAGGUAAAUCGCACCCGAAGGGCGAAGAUGAUUGA